CAGUCGAGGGAGGAAGAGAGGGGGGCGGCGGGAGCGCGCUUUCCGUCUCUGGUUAGUGGACUGACAGCCAGCUGUGCAGCUACAACGACAACAACCUCCUGGAUUUCCUACAUACAACUAGAUUAGAGUUGGUCUGCUACUGCUUCUAAUCAUACAUUAUAGCUGUUUUUCGGAGCAAACACUCGACGGCACACAGCUACGACCAGUAUCAUCGGCGUUUUCUGUGCUAACUAGCUAGAAGAGCAUUCCUCCAACAUGAAUCCGUUGUGUAGCAGAUGUAAUCUAGUCGUUUACCCCACGGAAAAAGUGAAUUGUCUGGACAAGUAUUGGCAUAAAGGAUGCUUCAGCUGCGAGGUCUGCAAAAUGACUCUAAACAUGAAGAAUUACAAAGGCUUCGAGAAGAGACCAUACUGCAAUGCACACUACCCCAAGUCAAGCUUCACCUGUGUGACUGACACUCCAGAGAACCUCCGCCUCAAACAGCAGAGCAAGAUACAGAGCCAGGUUCUUUACAGGGAGGAUUUUGAGAAGAAUAAAGGGAAGGGUUUCAGCGUGGUCGCAGACACACCAGAGAUGCAAAGAAUUAAGAAAACGCAGGACCAAAUCAGCAAUGUAAGCGUCACCAAAAUUAAGUACCAUGAGGAAUUUGAGAAGAAGAAGAUCGGAGGAGAGGGUCCACAACAUCUGCCAAGCAACCCCAGUGCAGGUGGUUACCAGCAGCCUGCAGCCACUCAGAACUACCACUAUGAUCCUGCUCCUGAACCAGUGCGCCAGGCAGCCGCUGCCCCGCCUCCCAGUGCUGGGAAGCGAUACAGGGCAGUAUAUGACUACUCUGCCGCCGAUGAGGAUGAAGUUUCCUUUAUGGACGGAGAUGUGAUCGUAGACGUGCAGCAGAUUGAUGAAGGCUGGAUGUAUGGCCGCGUGGAGCGUACCGGCCAGCAGGGCAUGCUGCCUGCCAACUACGUGGAGGCCAUCUGAGCUAGAGGAGAAGAAAAAGAGGGAGAGAAAAAGGAGGAGAUAGAGAAAGGGAGGGAAAGUAGGAAAGGAAAAGCCCAGUGCCAUCUCAUCUUAGCGCCGCUUUCUCUUAUUUUUACUCUUGUUCCCUAACCUGCCCUGAGAGACCCUGAACCCCUUCCCCCUCUACAUCCCUGCUCUGCUCUCACUGUUCGCCAGCCACAGACACACACCCUCUAUCUAGCUGUCUGUCCUUCUGUCUGUCUAUCUGCCUGCCUGCUUCUCUAUUCGUCCGUCUGUGCUAAUGUCUCUCUAUUUGGAUGUUCGUCAUCCUCUUUGUCUUUAUCCCCAUCCUGACUCCACUCUCAUGCAGCUGCAAGUGGGAAUGGAAAGUCCUCAAAGAUGAAUUCACAGUUCAUUGCAGUAUGUCAGGGGUCCGUGCCGUGUCACACAGCUCCAUCCUAGCUACGCCACUUAGCAAUCCUACCACUAAAACAUGCAAAAAUACUGAAGAAAAUGUUUGUUUGUUUUUUGAAAAAAAGAUAUCCCUGAAGUGAGUAAACCUGCAGACACAAUUCAGUGAAGAAACUAGCUCAAAGUGUGUUUGAAUGGCGUUUUAAUGGGUCCAUUUACUUGUCUUUUUCUUUCUUUAAUUUUGCAGCGUGAUCUUGGCCAGACUGGAAAAACAGUGUAUAGAAUCUCAGUCUGUCUUAGCGUGAUUUUUUUUUUUCACUUGAGUACAUUCCUUUAACCUCCAACGCUGUUGCAUCAGUCAGCCAGUUUUCAGUCUUAACAGAGAGGUUUUUUAAAUAUAUUUAUAGAUGGACACACAUCUCGCCAGUCUGCUCAAGUAGGCACCCUCAUGUUCAGCACUGUGCUGUUGUCAAACUGGAAUAAUGACCUAACUGUAGAGCACCUCCUGUUGAGCCUUACACAGGCUUCCUGGAUACAGGAGGGAUCAGGGACACGUUAGGGGACUUCAUCAGUCUUUCUCUUGCAGUUACACUGAACACACGUCUGCAUGUACAGUAUACACGUUUAUUCCUGAUUUUGCAGCCUAAAUGCCUUCAGUCCUGUGAGAAUCACAAAGAUAUGGUGAUCAAGAUUAAGCUGUUUUGGGGGGGAAAUGGCUCUUCCCCUUUGCUAAGGAAAAAAAAAAUCACCAUCACAGAAAUCCUUUAUAAAAGACAAGGCCAAGCACAACUCGAUAUUGUGAAUCGUUUAUUUGAAAUUCAUUCCACCAUUUUUGAAAGAGUACAUUCCAGUCUUUUUUUUUUCUUUUUUUUUCUCAUUUAAUGUGAGAUUUUUUUUUAUGGCUGUGGUAGAUGUUGUCAUUUCUCUCGCUCUUUUCUUCCUGAACUGUCCUUGUUGUUAUUAGAUGUUUGUUUUGAGAAAAAAAAACAGAUCUGUGUAUUUAAUAAAUAAACCAGCAACUCAGUUUGCAAGACAGAAAAGGAGUAUUUAUGGAGACUCUUGUAGUCACUGUAUUAGAUCAGUCAUGGGAUAAUUACUUGGAGUUUCAGGACAGCGCUAACUGCUUGUUGUUAAAGACAGUUUCAUUGUUCUGCAGCUUCAAAGAAGGGAGAAUUUAGAAAAAGAAUCAUUUAAAAUACACCUGAAAGUUGCUUUUUAUCGCAUGCUCUGUUCAUUUUAAAGGCAGGUGCCACCUGAGCCAGGGCGGCACAUGUGCCAGGCCAAUCCCGACAACAAGCCAGCCACCGCUCGCUGGCAGCUAAAUGUUGAAACUGGUUCUUGAGCGUAAAAUGAAGCGUUUGCGUUGCUGGCUCUUCCACAGAAAGACUGCGACACAGUAUUUCUGUUAAAACCAUAACACGUGUAAUUGUCAUUAUUGUUGCCAUUCCUCUGUGGUGUAAAUAAUGUCACAGGCCCCUGACCUUAUGCACCUUUCCCCUUUUCUUGCAGUUUCAUUCUCCUGUGAUGCACUGUGACUGUCACAGACAUGAGCGAUCAGGGUGGGGCCAUCCUUACAGUGGAGCUGGGGAGCGGGGAGGGAGGGGAUUUCGGCUUCAUUAAGUGAAACAAGGCUCUCACUAUGUAGCUAGAUGACAUUGUACAAUUGUAUAUGUAUCAUAAAUGUAAGUUAGGGGGAAUUGUUUUUACAGGUCACGGUGCUCUGGGAAGUGGCUUGCCUGCAGAUAAAAGCGUUUCAAUAUUUUUGUGAAUGUGGAGAAGUUCUGUGAUUUUUAAAAGCUGACUCACGGUUGAUGCACGUUGUCAGUUGGUGUUGAACAAUCAAACUCUCUAAUGUCAUGAAUUGUGACAGUGCUGAUGGAAAAAAAAGUCACUGAAUUAGAAAAAAAAGACUCUUCUAAUCUUCUAAUAAAUGAGAACGAAUGAA